CUAAUUCAGGUAAAUACUGUUAUGUUAUGCAUUCAAACCAUAUUUUACUGCUGUUACUCUCACCUUCUACUUGCACAUAUUUCUUGGUGGAAAGUCUGCUAAUGGUAGCGAUUGGAAUGUCUGUAAACAUUUGAGGGUUUGGUCAGGUACAUGUACAACUCUGCAUUCAAGUUUACUUUAUAGAUUACAGUUGUUUUGACAAGCUCCUACAGUAGUACAAGGGUUAAUUUACAUUCAAACAAACUUUCAUCUCAUGGAUGGUGAAUGUUAAGCUUGGAAGUCCAUAUUGGUUGAUGUUUGUUUUAUGGUAGUUGAAAGGCCUUCCAAGGGGGGUAUGCUGUUGCUUUGUCACUCAUUUCUGAGACUUCCUGUCACCUGUUAGGUUAGGAAAAAAUGUCGCUGUCACAUUAGAUAAAGUGUCUGGAAAGAGUUAAUUUUUAUUAACCUUUCUAUCUCAUGGGAGCAUUCUUGAGUAAUACCAUAAUAUUAGAAAAACAUUUGAAAGAAAAUAACAGAUUUAAUGUUUGGAAAGUUUGUUAUUUUACUGAAACAGCCAAAAUGCAAAAGUGAACAGAUGUCGCUUUCACUACUUAGAAAAUGGUUUGUCGCUGUUGCAAUUCUUUCCUUCUUUUCUAUCAAUAAUAUUGUUGGUGCUUUUUGAGAAUGAAUCAUGAGGAAUUAAGAAGAAUCUAAAAAUCAUAAACUAAUGCUUUGUGUUUUAUAUUCAGGCCAAGUUUGAGUUUGACUACCUUGACUAUGAGAAGCAACUCUUGAGGCUUAUCAGUAGAAAAGAGCACAAUGGUUUGGUUAUCAACAAUUCAUCACAGUCACUGUUCCUUUUUGUGGAUAAACAUCUUUUGCAGGUACAGCAGUUUAAUAUGUAGCAAAGAAAGUCAGUUUCGGUCAGUUUUACAAGGGCAAGCUGUAGCUAGCAUGUACUAGCCCAAUAGUCAUGCUAACUCGGCCGAAAAAUUUUUAGUGACGCACAGGAUUGAUUACAGUUCUUCUGUAAUUUGAAUUCUCCCGGGAAAGAACUUCUUUUGCUCAUAUGGCAAGUUAAGAUCAGAAUUCACCAGCCCUGGGCUAUCGGACACGAUUUUGUUUGCUUCACAUGGGAUGAAACUAAGGCUAAUGACUGGGAGCAAUAGGUUCUGCUAAUAAGCAGGACCAGCUGACACACUGGGGGAGUAAACUGAGAGAAGAUGUGCUGGCUUCGUUAAUGCCGAGCUAAAACUUGAGGUCAGAAUUCACUAGCCCUGGGCUAUCCGACACGACUUUCUUUGCUUCACAUGGGACGAAACUAAGGCUAAUGACUGGGAGCAACAGGUUUUGCUAAAAAGCAUUAGAUUCAUCACAUGCUAAAGUUUGAUGCUUAUCCUGGCUGGCCUUACUGCUUGGGAAAUUAAAGUGUUGAAUAUUGAUAAAGAUUCAUUACGUUGAUGUUGAAAUCUUCUUGUAGUCACCGUAUUGACUCAAGUUUAGUGCAUUUAGAUUAUGCUCAUUUUGACAUUCUAUUAGCUGUCGAAGAAUGACAACGAGCCUUAAUUAUUUUAUGCAUUUUUAUGCAGACUGAUGAGAGUAAACUUGCAGCAUUCAAGAUAUCAAGUAUCUGCCUUCAUGUACCACAGGUAAAAUAACGAAAUGUUAACAGGUCUCUCGUACUUAAAAUAGUUAGUCUCUAACAAGGUGGAAGGGUCGAAAUUAUAUAUUUUUAUAUUUCAUUUUUUUUGCUCUGGUAAAGUAUGGUAAUGAUAUUGGUACAAAAAAAUGAAAUUUAAAUCAAGGAUGUAUAUGAAAUCACAGCAUACAAUUAUUUACUGUUAUAAAAUAUGUAACUGGUGAUCAUUUUGGUAAAAAUGUUGUCAAAUACAUCCGCUCUAUCUUCUCGUCGUUCUACUUUCAUCAGAUGCAUGUUACAUUAUGACUUCCCAAGGAUUAAUUAAGAUACCUACAAUAAUUUUAUUCGUUCCACUUCCAACGGAUUUAAACCAAUAACUGGCCAUGUGGUCCAAAUGUCAUAUCGCCCAAAAUACUGGAGAUUUACGCUUAACCUUUAUUCAACCUUUAUUCAAAAAUUUAUAGUCCUGCAACGGGGUUACCAUCACGCAAGACGCCUAAGUAAAAUGAAUAAAAUUAAAAGUAAUGACGUUAAAAAAAAUUUCUAUAAAAGAUAAAAUGGAUAAAAAAAUAAUAAUAAUAAUUAAAAUAAUUAAUUUCACAGCAUCAAUUAUUAUGCAAUGUUAAAAUUCAUCAUUGACUAAAAUACUUAAAUAAGACUUUUUUGAAACGAUCUGCGGACUUGAUGUUAACAAUUUCGCUUGGCAACGCAUUCCAGUCCUUGACAGUUCUACAAAAAUAACUAUUCUUAUGAGUCUCAGUAUUUGGCAGCAGUUCAAUAAACUUGUUUUGGCUAGAGUUCCUUAAAUGUCCUCUGCGCUUCGUAACAUAGUCUGGGAAGGCCAGACCGCCAUCACCAUGAAUUGCUUUGUGGAACAAGGUGAACCGCGAGAUUGUUCUUCGUUCCUUCAGCCCCAUGUAAAAUUCAAAUUCACUGCGCAUUUGUAUUUGUAAACGCGAAAAAGAAGUUAGCGAGGAGACGUUAAGUCGAGUGAUUGUUUCGAUUUCUUUUACCUUUCUCCUACGCUUAUGAGAUGAGGAUUUUUACAUGAUACUCAGCUUCAAAUUAGUAUUGGGGGAGGUGACGCAUGACGAUCCGAAAUUUUGCACAGUCUUCUGUCUGGCGUGCGGUGCGGGGACGUGGACUUUUUGAAUUUUUUUUUGCAGACAAUUUGCACUAAAGCCAGACCAAAGUAUAAACGAAAUUAGAGAGUCGAUUGAAAAUGGCGUGCGUAGCAACCAUUUCCGUGCGGUUUCGGAGCAAAAAAACGAGGAACGAGAGUCAAAGACCGCGUGAAAAAUGGCUCGUUCCAUUUCUCGCGUUGCCAAAACCGAAAAUCCCGUUCCUCGGUCUUUUUUUGCUCCGAAACCAUGUGGAAACGCUUGCUAUGCAGGUUAGAUUGAAAAGAGCUGUGGUUUUUGUUUGCUAUUAUAGGACCAGCUGACACACUGGGGGAGUGAACUGAGAGAAGAUGUGCUGGCACCGUUAAUGCCUAGCUAA